AUGUUUCCUCGCAAGAUGGUUGUCAGCAGUCGGCACGGUAGUCAGCGUGAGCAACACUUCUGUGCCUUUCAACGCAGGUUUUUCACCGCUCGCGACAUAAUAGACCUCAUCAACAACCUGCAGAAAUCUGCGAAGAUCGCCACAGAGGAGGCGAGCAGCAUACACGGAAAUGAGCAAGUGAACCGUAUUAAGGCGAAAUGCAGCAAAGUUUGCGGUCUUGCAAAUCGCUUGAUUGACCUGUACGUGGCAACGAUCAAGGCGAAGGUCGCCAGAAUUCUUCGCAAGCUAGGCCUGGGGCAGACGCGAGGACAGGAGUUAUUGUACCACCACCUAAUGCUGCUCCAAGCUCUAGUGGAUAAGGCAUUCGCAUCCUUCAAUGCGGUUCAGCACGCGGAGGCUGCGCGGAUCAAGCAAGCCAAGCUCGGCGUGGACUGUCGCCGAGAAAACUCUGGAGCAGUGACGUGGCGGACUCCUGCAACCCCUGCGGAUCGGAAGGCCACCUUUAGACCGGGUUCUUUGGGUAGUCUUCCGCAACCGGCGCAGCACAUGGAUGUGAGAGACUUACUCCAGGAGGCCCGGACGCAGUUCCUGCUUAUGGCCGACGAACUGGUUGAUCUCAAGAACAAGAUUAUCUCGAUCGACCGCAUACGCAUCCACGAUGCAGUUGUAGCGGCUGUCGCUGAGGGUGAAGUACCUGACCCGCUGCCCAAAGUGAAGGCUCCCCCAGACGGCAUAGCGUACGGCUUCAACACACGCUACGUGUCCGAGGGGGGCUGCGACAGCACGCUUACUUUCGGCAAAAGCAACUCCUUGCGAGCCGCAUCUGAUACGGGGCCUCAAGCCCUCACGAUAACAAGCAAUCUUAGCCCUCGCCGUGAGGCUAAUGCAUCGCCAACAAUGCUCCAAAGUCCCCGCACGUCGAGGCUAGUGCAUGCAAGCUUCGAGGUCCCGCCGGCGAUCGGCGCCUCAGCAGCUGCAGCCGCGUUGCUGGUAGUCAACGAGCAAAAGCCUUACCUGCCGAGCCAUGUCGGUCUACGCAGCGUGUCUGUUCCUGGUGGCAUUGCCGGCUCGCAGUCGCACAGCCCAACCUCUAUGGGGUCACCGCGUGCGGCAAACAGCUUUUACGCCAUUACUCCGAGGUCGCGCAUGGCCAUUUCCCACGGGGGCGACCCGGAACAGGCCAGCAGUACCUCCCCUUCCAGACAGCUGUCCACGCGUGACCCCAUCCGAGAGAACGAAUUGCAAGGGUCGGCUCAGUUACCGGAUGCAGCGUCCCUCGCUGAACCUGCAGGCCCGGCGACAUGCCACGGCACGGGACCGGGUAUGCUUAAGAAACCAGAUGCAAAAGAAAGCGCCGACUCCACCUCCGUGACAGCACGUCCAUGGAACCUGGCAACCCUGCCUAUCGCUGCCUCAGCUGGUUCUGCUUGGGUAGGGGCUGAUGACACGGGUGCCCCUAUGCAGCCACACCGUGCUUCGUCAGCAUCGGCGUACCCGCCAUUUGGCUCCAGUACAGAUGAGCGCCCGGAAGGAUUUUUGCUGCCGCGGUUAAGGGAUGGCACAGAUUUUCAGUGGUGUGACGUGCCACCUGCAGCUUGCCUUGAUUUCAACGAUCGUGUACUUCUUGACGACGAGAUAGCAUCGCCUGAUGAAUACCCACGCAUCCAGAUGCUUCGGGAGCUGGUACUUGAGGCACUGCGGUUGGUGGAACGAGACUGCAAGGCCAUGGAAUCAUCCUUAGCGGCUCUCAAUAUGUCGCAUGCGGAAUUAGACGAGGCGUCAAUGCGCUGCCGUACUCGAAGUUUAAGCAGCCCGGAGCUGCAGGCGAUGCUGCGGGAUGAGGUGGUCUUGAUGCCCCUCGCCGGUGAGCUUGAUGCAACGGACACGGGCGACAUGGCGAACGAGGCCCUCGCCACGGUACUGCAGCGCCUCAGCACGGUGCUUGACCGCCUGCGCCGUCUGGAGGAGUCAACUGCCGAGAUGGAGCAGGCGUUGGCACGCGAGCGACAAGUCCGCACAGACGCAGAGGCCGAUGCAGCCCGUCUAAAGGUGGACCGUAACGAGACGAAUGCUGCUUUAGCCAUGACUCGAGAGCUCUUGGCUGCAUCGCAGCAACAGCUUGAGCAGCUACGUGCGCAAUUCAACGAGGUUAACAGGGAAUUAGGAGCCAAGUCCACGGAGGUUGCGCCUUUGGAGCAGCAGCAGGAACUCGAGGUCGACGAUAGCACGCGUGCGGCAACAGCACUGCCGUUCGGCAUGGGCCUGAUUGGCGUGGCUCAGGAAGACUUUCCUCCCAUGCAGAACGUGCUAAACGCAACCGAAAUGGAGUUGGAGGGCCUGCGAGUUGAGCACGAAAACCUACGCGCAAAGUCGGAACUGCAGAGCACGGAGCUGCGUCAGCUUCAAACUGAGGUUUCAGGCCUGCGCGCUGCCCGAGACAAGCUUGUGGAGGAACUGCAGGAUAUGCAGCAGCUACUCCUGCAACACGAGGCUCCAUCCGUGGAGGAUGUUCCACUGGUCGCCCUCAAGGACCCCACGUUAUCGGAUGGCAAGGCAGCAGCGAGAGCCCCGUCCCGCGGCGCGCCGGGCGCUGUCGGAGCGGGCUGUACGUGGGGCAAGGGCCACAAGAGCAGCGUCACGGCGUCAGCCGAUUUCUCCUUGAAGAAUAGCAGUACUUGCGCAUCUGGGGUUGGCGCAACCCUCUGCUCUCGUCGUGCUACACCCGACACCACACCGACCAAGAAAGCAAGCAAAGACGUGCCCACCAGCAUGCGGAGGAUAUCCAGUGGUGUCCGUUCCCCAGGCGGCGGCACACAGAUGAAGCCUAGCGUAAAGCGUGGGGUGCCGCAGGCGCCUAGCUCUCCACAACCUAGCAUGGCCAUUCGUCGCAGUGGACCGCCAUCGGCAUCGGGUACACCGCGGGACCAUUAUUUUGCAUUGGCACGGCUAGAAGAGAUCCAAUUUCAGCUGGCACAAGCCGAGGCGGCCCGCCAGGCACUUGAAUGCCAGCUGCAGGCUGCGCAGGCAGUAAUAGCAAGCAAGGAUAGUGAGCUCGACACUGCAAACCUUAUGCUACGCGAGUAUGAGCGCCGGAGUCUGUCAGCAGCUGGUCAUGCGCACAAGCACGCCGUGGAGCUGUCUGCGUCUGUCAACAUCCCUUUGCUUGCCGGAGGUGACGCUGUGGCACUUCUUGCCAUCACGCCAGGGCGGCGGGGCCCCAGCAGGAAUGCUCAGGACGACAACCGAGCUCUGAUAUGUCCGGUCGGUGCGACGCACGAUCAGUUCGACAUGAUUGCUAGGCUAGAGGAGCUGCAAGCGCAGUGCGCGGAGCUAAUUUGUCGUGCUGCUGACCUAGACACGCAACGAGGACAGUCACAGCUUGAUGCAGAAGAACGUGCAGCAGAGCUACAGGCAACCAAAGAAUAUAUUCAGGAAUUGGAGGAGGAGGCGGAGCUCCUGCGGGGACUUGCCGACAAGGCAACUCGGCAGAUGCAGGAGAAGGAACGGGAUAUGCUUGUGCAAGAGCAGGCGCUUCUCGAGGCCCGCGCUGCACUUGAACGUGCACAGGAUGACUGCGAUGCCCAAAUCAGUUAUGUGGAGGCGCAGGCUGCGAAGCUUGAGGACGCACAGGCAGAACUUUUGGCUGCACAAGCGCUCGCCUUGGAGCUGGAAACUCGUGAUGAGGAGCAGUCUCGUGCUGAUGCCGAUGCUCUCGCGCGUCUCCGCGAUGAGGUAACGCUCUUGAGGUCGCAGUAUGCUACUUCUCAGAUGGCCUUGGAGGAAGCCACCCAGGAGCUGGCUGCAGCGCAGGCGGCUGCCGAAGGUUCAGGCAAGGCCCCCACAGAGCAUCAGCAGGCGAUCGAAGACCUGCGCAAACGGGCCUCUGAAAUUGAUGUCCGCCGCCAAGAGCUCGCACAUAACCUUUCCGCUGCGGAAGAUGCGCAGGCGAGCUUGGCGGAGCAGUUGGCUGCUGCCGCUGAAAACCGGGAGUAUCUGAGCUCACAACUUGAGACGGUAACGGGGGUGCGCGAUGACAUGGCGGCCCAGCUCGCGAACAAGCAGGCUGCGCUCAACGACGCUCUAGAACGGCUUGGGCAAGGUGAGGCGUCCCGGCAGCAGCUUGAGAAGCAGCUCCAAAUGGAUGCCAUGGAGCUGGAGAAGCUGCGGACAUCGCUUGCCCACAUGAAGAUGGAGCACGCUGAUCUACAGAAGCAAGUGGUCAACGACCGGGCAGCGGUGCGUGACCUGGCCGAAAAGCUUGCAGAGACCGAGCUGGCGCGCUUGGAGCUUGCGGAGGAGCUGAAGAAGUCAGAUGCCACCUGCAAGGACCUGGGGCAGCAGCUUUUGUUGGUGCAGGAGUCUUGCGGAGAGCAGCAGGCCGCGCUGGCGUCAGCGGCCGAAAUGCAAACGCGCACUGAGGCAAACCUUGCACGCACCAACGCCGCGCUCGAGAUUACAGCCGCUAAGCUUGCAACCGCAGGGGCAGCGAGGGACCUUGCUUAUUGCAAGGCGACCGCUGCGGAUUCUGCCCGACAAGAACUUGAGUGGCAAAUUGAUAAUGCCGAAACAAAGGUGCAAUCGCUAUCCGUCCAGGUUUUUGAACUCGAACAGCAGUUGCGGAGCGCGUUGGAAAGGGAGGCAUUGAUGCAAGAGCAGGCCACCGCGUUUGCACAGAAGCGCGCUGCUGAGGCUGAGCGAGCAGUGGAAAGCCUACAGGCAGCGCUGUCGGAUGUUCAGCGCGUGGCCUGGGAUGACCUAGGUAGACACGGGUCAGGAACUCGCUUGAUGACAUACUUCAACCAGUUACGCGAUGUUCUCAAUCCAUUUAUACAGACGCAGCUGGAGACUGUUCGUUCUGAAGCGGCCGUUCAGGCCGCGAAAGUGGCAACUCUCGAGACCAAGCUGGCACAGGCUGCGAUUGAACAAGAGCGCCUGGAGAUACAAGCGGCAGCUGCCGCAGCACAUUCCCAGAUGCUUGAGGAGGAGCUCCGGCAGGCUAGGGCUGAGAACGCGCUUCUGGAGGAGGAGCUGGCCGCUUCCCGUGCAGAGGUUGCGGCGCAAGUGAAGCAGUUUGUGCUUCAGGCGGAUCAGUUAGCAGCAGCCCAUGCCCUCAACGCAGAGCAGGAAAAGCUCUUCACCGCGGAGGCUGCGACGUUUAAAUUGCAACUUGAGGCGGCGCGUGUCGACAAUGUUGAUCUGGGGGAACGGUCCGCCUGCCAUGUGGCUGAGCUGGAGGCCCAGAUCGCCGCAGCCCGUUCUGAGGGUGCGCUACAGGCGGCGCGAUUUACCGCAGAGGCCAGCCGCCUGGAGGCGCAGCUGGGAGAUGCUCGGGCGGCUCUUGAACGGCAGGCGCAAGCUUCGGCGACGAGGAUACGUUUUUUGGAGGAACAGCUUGCGAAAGCGCAGGCAUCCAGCAUCGAACAAUCUGACUUACAUCGUGCGCACAUUGAGGAACUCGAGGACAAGCUGGCUUCUGCGCGGGUCGCAAUCAACGAGCACACCGCCCGCACUUCGGCGCAUGUCGAGGACCUGGAGGAUCAGCUGGCCGCCGCGCGGAAUGACAGUGCCUCCCAGGCUGAGAAGUCGCGUGCGCAGGUGGCAACGCUGCUGGACCAGCUCGUCGCCGCUCGUGCUGAAAUGGCAGAGCAAGCCCAUAUGUCGGCGGCGCGAGCCGCUGACCUCGAGGCGCAGCUGAACUCUGCUCGGUCAUUCGUUGCAGCACUUGUUGAACGCUCAGCAGCAGAAGUAAGCGACCUAGUAUCGCAGCUGGACGCGGCUCGCGCAGCUGGCGCACUUUCGGCAGAUCAAGCAGCCCGGGAAAUCUCCAAGCUGGAGGCGCAACUCGGAACAGCCCAAUCUGAUCAUGCUGCCUUGGCGGAUCGCUCUGCCAGCCAGGUGGCGGAGUUGGAAGCGCAGCUUGUCGCAGCGCUGGCUGAGAAUACAGAGCAGGCCAAGCGCUCUGCGGCGCAGGCGUCAGAGCUUGAGUCACAGCUAGCGGCGGCCAUGGCAGUGGCUUCUGAACACGCAGCAGCUCAGACCGCGGAACUGACUGCGCAGCUGGAGGCUGCUCGAGCCAACUUGUCGGAGCAGGCGGAGCGUUCGUCCGCUGACGCGGCUCUACUUGUAAAGCAGCUGGAAGCUGCCCACGCGGAUAUUGCCAUGAAGAUGGCACAAUCCGCUGCGCAUGCGUUAACGCUGGAGCAGCAGCUAUGCGCGGCGAGGGUAAAGAUCAGUGAGCUGCUAUCUAACUCUGCAGCGCAAUCGGCGGCGCUGGAGGCACGGAUUAUUACGGCUCAGGAGCAGCAUGCGGCUCAGGCAGAAGCCUCGGCUGCUCAGGUUGCCGAGCUGGAAAAACAAUUGGCUGCUGCUCAUGUUGAGAUGGCCGAUCAACUGAAGCGUUCCUCCUCGCAAAUUGCGGCCCUGGAGGAGCAGCUCGUCGCGGUACACGCUGAGCACUCGGUCCUGCUGGAGCGGGCUGCGGCUAAUACACACUUAUUGGAGGCUCAGCUGGCAGCAGCGCAGGCUGUGAUUGCUGAGCAGGUCCAGAGCCUGACGAACCAUGCUGCCACCCUAGAAACGGAACUGGCGGCAGCGCUGUCCGAGAAGAGCGACCUGGCUGCACGCUUAGCGUUGCAAACGGUGGAGCUGCAGGCAGUGCUCACAGCAGCACGUACAGAGAGGGAUGCGGAGGCUGAGCGCCAUGCCACCCUUGUGGCGGACCUCGAGGCACAACUCUCAGCAUCACGCGUGGACACAGCUCUCCAUGCCGGUCGUGCCGCGACGAUGGCGGCCGCUUUCGAAGAACAGAUGGCCGCGGCCCGUGGCGAUCGCUCAGCCCAGGCAGAGCAGAUGCGGGCCUUAGAAGCGGAGCUCCGCUCUGUCGUGUUCGCCCUUGGAGCUGCCAAAUCCACUCAGGAGAAGCAGGCAGAGAACGUACAGCAGCUCCUGGAAGCGGACCUGGAGCAAAAGAAGGAGUUGGAUCUACGCAAAUCCGAGGCGCAACAACUCCGAGUGGCUGUGGCGGGACUUCAGGUGACACUGGGACAGCGUGAAAGCGUCGUAGCGGACCUCGAGGUGCAGCUGGAGAAGGCGCGACAGGAUUUGGAGGUUGCAGUUGCCGCAAUGGGCCAUUUGCAGACUACUGAAGAUCGGCUGCAAGCGGCUGCAUCCGCGGCUACAGCUGCGGGUGCGGCUGUUUCCAACGCAGCCGCAAUUUCUGCUGGUCAGCAGCAAGCAAAUCUGGCCGUCGCAGCCCGGGAGCAAGCCAGGCUACAGGCGUUCCAUUCGUAUUUGGAAGACAUUGUCGGUAGCCAUCCUCUCACGGUCUCGGGGCUUCGGAGUGAAAUGUCCAAACUACAGGCUGCACAGGGGGCUCCUGUAGAGCAGCUUCGGCAGGUCCAAGAACACGCGAGUCGGCAGGAUGCCAUCGCGCCUGAGGUGCACAGGAAGCUGCAGCAGCGACAGCAAAUGAUUGCCGCGGCUGAGCUCGAGGCAGCUGGAGCGACUGUCCACCAAGAUCAGGUGGCCAUUGCAGAGCUCGCAGGCGGUGUACAGGCCGCGCUGCGCACAGGUCAGGUCGUAACUGGUCAAGAGGUUCUGACGGCCGACCUCGCCGCUGAGGAGCAGGAGGUACCAAGUCCCGGGAAUGCUGUGGACUCGGCGCAGCGGCGUGCAGAAGCACAGCACGUGGUGCUUCUUCAAGCAGAGCGGAAGCUAUCAACUGCAGAGAUCACAACCGCGGAAGCGCAGGCGCGGCAGCGUGCGGCUGAAGAGGAUGUCAGCGUAUUGCGGACGCUGCACGCCGCCUUUGAGAUGCAGGCAUCAGAUGGCCGGCAACAAUCGCAUAUCGUAAAGCAGCAGAACGAGGCAAUGGUGCGGGAGCUGACUGGUAUUCAGCAGCUGCUUGACAGACAGCGAAACGUGUCUACGGAUUUGCUUGAAUGCCUGACUGCGAAGCUCAAGGCAGCUGACAGCGACCUGCGCGACGCAAGGGCAAGUGCGGCGGAGCUGCAAACCCAGCUGGAGGACGCGACAGGGCGUGUUGUGGCUGCAGAGCGGGCGGCGCUAACCGCUGACCUGGAGAAGAGGCAGGUGGAGGCCCGGUUGGCUGCGGCCUUGGCAGACAGCAACAACGGGCGGGCCAUGGUGCAGGAAUUGAGCACGGAGUUGUCCAGGUAUCGUGAGGAGGUUGAACGUGUGUGCAAGAGCUUGGUCGCGAAGCAAGCGCUCCUGGAUAAGCAGGAGCCACAGGGGGCUGGGUCUCUGCAGGUUGGCCGGAGUAGCCAACGCCGAGGAAGCGUACCCAAUGCCGCAACGGCUACGGAGCUGCAGUUUGACGCCGAUCUUAUCGAGGACUUCCUAGAGGGUUGCAUUUGGGGAAUGGGCCUCGGCGCCAGUCAUGCUCAUGCCGGCGCCACCGGCCUGUGUACGCAGUUAACGCCCCACCGCUCAUUGACGGCCGACCUGGAGUCGCGUGCGCUGCGCCUGCGUGCGCUGGGCGGUAACGUGCUAGAGCUGAUGUCGCAGGGUUGGCAUGGUAGCCGUCUGGCUGGGCGGGAGCCGCUGGGGGGCCCUGAGUCGGCUAGCACAGGGGGAGCAGACGCAGGGUAG